AUCCGAUACACCGAAACCCCGAGCCAACAAGGCGGCAGACGUGACGCGUUUCUGGCAUUUGCCACAACACGGUCCGGAAAACGUCACCGGUUCAUUUGUCCGACGACCUCAAGCCGCAACAGCCACCAACCAAAGAAAAGGCUCGGACUUUGGUCAAUCGUUUUCGCUCCCCGCGCCUUGUCUCCUACCCUAGAUUUCAAGCCUGCGCAGACCUGUCUGUGGUGUGGCUUUCGAUGAGUCUCAAUCGUUUGUCCUGUGUAAGGUGCAAAGACAGAAAGGUGCGCUGUAACCGGAUAGAGCCACAAUGUGAUCGUUGCAAGGCCCAAGAUGUCGAGUGUACGUACCCUGUCCGACAAAAGCGGAGGGUGAACCGGUCAGCAGGAGACCAAGAAAGUCUUGCGAAUGGCGCCCUCUCCACGAUCCUCGAACGUCUGCAACGCGUUGAGCAGCAAUGCGUUGCUCUUCCAGCGGACAGCCAGCAGGGUUCGCCAGCUGAAGCCGUACCGGAUGUUCCUAGUCACAGGCCAUUGGCGGAGCAGCCUGCUACGACGGUGAGCCGGCCCUCGGCACUUCCAGCAAGCGUUGCAUUGCACAGCCAGUCAGCCAAGAGCUCGCCUGCUUUGUCGACCACGCCUUAUGGCCCAACGCCCCGUUCCCCCUGGCGACCACAGACAACGGCAGCAGCAACUCCUGCGAUAAGCAGCAAUUCGGUGCAUGCAACGGCCAUCCUCAAAGAUGCCAUGGAACAGGUGGAGAGGCAUCGUCUGCAGACAUACUCAGCCUCCAUGAUAACUAGCGAGAUCGACAUCCCGCCAGAUUUAGCCAGAACCUGGAUCCGGCGAUACUUUGCACAAAAGCCGACAGAUAUGUUUCUUAGUCUGAUCGACAGGAAACUUGUCGAGAUGAUUCCAGAGAUGCUCAACUUCCCACAUGUGCACAUUGACUCUUGCGUACUGGUUAUAUACUACAGCGUCUUGUUCCAUGGUUGCUCUAUAUUUGCGGGCACGGAGACUGCUCACGCCAACAAGCACUGGGCGAAACUGACAUAUGUCGCUUGUCUGCGCGCCAUGCCCAUCUGGCAACGCGAGUCGACUGGAUCGAUGACUGACAUGAUUGCAUCGAUAACAUUGGGCCGGGUUUGUGUCGAAUGGUUCGACUACGAGCUUGCUUGGAACAUGUUCAAGCAAGCUGGUGAGUAUGCCACGAAACUAGGGAUCCACAACCUGGACAGCAAUGGGGCCGUGAUGAGGGGAAUUCAAAAUCCCGACAAUGCGGAUGAUGAUCGGAAAGCUUUCUGGGACCUGUUGCAAGUCGACUUGUUCUUCCGACUCAUGUUCAACAAACCUCCUUCUAUCUCUGGCAACCCAUGGAACGUGAACCUGCCCUGGCUCAACGAAACGAUCCCGAACCAAGGCGCUGAGAGGGCCACGAUAUUCCUCGCCUCCUCGCGUGUCACCCUGCUACUGAUGCAGUUCUUCGCCAUGCUCGAAGAAGCGGCGGGGAAUCCGUCGUUGAUGAUGCGCAGGACCGAGGCCAUGUGUCUCGAGAUCAGGGCCCUGCAUGACGAGUGGGAUCUGGGGAGAUUGGCCAGGGAAUCCGGCCGCAACAUUACAGACACAAUGGCCGUCGCAGACAUUGCCCUCAACUUUUUCACAUGCAUCAUUUUCAUGCUCCGGAAAAUGGCCACGCUCGAUACUAGCUCUCCGCAGCCGAUUUUGACCGACGCCGAUGUGCCCGACUCACCAAUCGCGCUCGACGCUGCGCGCAACAUUGUCGACAUUGUCGGUUGGCUCCUGGCCAAGUACCCAAACUCUUCCACUCUUGCUGUGACGUUUGGAGUGUACCGCGCUUACAUCUCCUUCGCGUACCUGGUCAGCCAUAUCCUGAGAACAGGAAAUGUAGGGCCAUAUGAAGCAGACAUGGGGUCUCUGAACAGAGUCAGCCAAUGUGUCUCUGACAUUGCAGCCUGCGAAAGGGAUUUCAUACCGCUAGCUACGGCUUUGCAAGGACUCAAUGAGGAGCUCAGGAAGAAGACGGGGGAUCGAUGACAGGACGCGUUCUUGCGCAACCCUGUAUCACUGCAGGCGUUUGAGAGGCUUUCAUAGUCAACCCGAUGCGGGAUAUGAUGGCCAUUGUAUACAUAUUACUAAGCAUCAAUUGCACGCUCACGCGUGCGUCAGUAAUGGUAGCAUCUCGAGAGCAUCUCGAGAGUGGACCAUGCCCAUAAAUCAUGUCCUACAUCUCUGCCCUGAAGUAGGCCGCGAGGGACCCUAUAUUUGCCAUUUUAAGACUGCAAAGGGCCCAGAAUCAAUCACUGCAGUUUAGUAACAGUGCCAGUACUCCGUACACAAUCGAAAUAAAUACAAGAAUCAGGUGCCUGUCGUCGUGAUCGCGCUAGCCCUAACCAGACUAGCGUCACAUGAGCGACCUGAC